UUUUUUUCCCUCCUCUCGGUGCGCAUUUGUACACAGACGCCCUCUGGGAGCGCACAGACUUGCAGCACUGUUGAGUUUUGUAGCAGCAUCUUCAGAGGGCUAGAUUGUGUAGGAGAUCCCCCCCUCCUUCCGUGUCACAUUCCAUCCCUUGGACACCCCACCAUCUUCGGUCAUAAUGCAACUCUAAACAGCGAGAGGACGUUAGGAACGACUUUCCACUUUCUGUUGCGUGUUAUUCCUGCCCAGAGAUGAUGUUCUCUUCUGCGGGGAAGCGCUGCUUCACGAUAGAGUCCCUGGUCGCCAAAGAGAGUCCCCUGCAAGCCGAGGAUCCCAUCCGGCCGACGGCUUUGAGCUACUCGAACCCGACAACAGAUGCCUUAAUGAACGGUUAUCAGGCUCCCCCGGCCAGGCCUCUCUACCAGAGCCCAGAACUGGUGUUCCCGGAGACGGUGAACCACCCGUCCCUCACCGUGGCCCCGCACCAGCUCGGGGGCUCCCACCUACAGCACCCGCACUUCUUCGGCACGCAACAUCGGGACCCGCUCAACUUCUACCCCUGGGUGUUACGGAACAGAUUUUUUGGACACAGAUUUCAAGGCAACGACGUGUCCCAGGACAGCCUGCUCCUCCACGGGCCCUUCGCCCGGAAACCCAAGCGCAUCCGGACGGCCUUCUCUCCGUCGCAGCUGCUGCGCCUGGAGAGAGCCUUCGAGAAGAACCACUACGUGGUCGGAGCCGAGAGGAAGCAGCUGGCCAACAGCCUGAGUCUGAGCGAAACUCAGGUGAAGGUGUGGUUCCAGAACAGACGAACAAAGUACAAGCGGCAGAAGCUGGAGGAAGAGGGCCCGGACAGCCAGCAGAAGAAGAAGGGGAACCAUCACAUCAACAGGUGGCGCAUCGCCACCAAGCAGGCCAGCUCCGAGGACAUCGACGUGACCUCGGAGGACUGAAAAGCCCCGGGCCAAGCUGCUCCAAACUUCUGACGCAUCAGAGGACCAACACUAUUUAUUAUGUAACAUUAUUAAGCGUUGUUAGACUCAUUAGAGGGAGACCCGAGGACUCCACGUGAUCACUACACGUCUUCAUCGAGGUGGUCCACCCAGUGAGUGUGGACAUCUCGCUCCGUGACAUCCGUGCUCAACAGCAGAGGACCAGGGAAGAUCCUAGCAUCCUUUCAUCAUGGCUGUGGAGGAAAGUCAUACUUUACCAUGGUGCUUGUUUUACUUUGUUUUGGGUUUUUUUUUUUUUUUUUUGUACAUAGGCCAGUAAUGAAGGUCGUUUUAACAAGAAGCUAAUCGUUUUAUCAUCUCCCCCCCCGAAAUAUCCACUUAGAUCAUUUAAAUCUUAGAGUCCAUCCUUCACUCUUUCAGCUGUGAACCGCGCCAAAACAAAUUCACCCCUGAAAAAUAAAGCGUUUGUCGUUAGGCUGCAUCUCUGAUUCCUUCAGUGCUGGUGAACGGAAGAAAAGAUCUCAAAGACCCAAGCUCCUCUUGACUUUGUGUUUUUCGGGAGGUUCCAAGCGCCUGGUUCUCCUGCUGGUGAAGAUUCCUCCCAGAGGAGCAGCUGUGCGGGGAACCUAGGGCAGCAGACGGGAAGCUGACGUCGGGGCAAGCUGAGUCCCAUCGUCGACGUCUUUGACGAUGGGACAGAUGAUGUCCCCUGGUUUGUUGGCGAUUUCACGAGGCAUGUAUGGAGACGCACGUUUCAAAGCACAGCAUGUAAUUACAAGCAGAGGGCUUGGAAAUAAAAAACAUUUUUGAAAA